AUGGCUACGCUGUGGAUUUCAUUAAUACUGCAGAUCGAUGCUUUCAUGGCCAAUAAUCCAAACAGGAAUGACCUCGUCAACCAACACAACGAGAUAAAAUGCGUGGGAGUCGGAAUACUGAUCGCAAAUCGGAGAAAUCAAAAUAGUUCGUGUAAUCCAAUACAAGAACCAACGACAUUCGUGAAGUACCACGGCUUAAGUAGAAAUGGCACUGACAUCGUCUACUGUCUUUUCGGAGCUCUGGAGGGAGCCCCGCAAAGAGAUGAGUUCAGAGACGAGUCAUGGGAACUACUUCCACAUCCGGACAUGGAGGACAGGGUGGUCGAUAUGCCCAUGCAUCAAUAUACCGGAUCACUGUGCCCGAAGCGUUGUUGCUGGACAGCGGCGCAGAGGGGCUCCUUGACGACCUUGAACAUUCAUCAGGAUUCAGUACCGGAAUCCCGGUCUACGAAUGGCAAUAGCCGACUACAGCCGCAUUGGACGCUUAAACAAGCACAAGGGGGUUUCAUAUGCGCUCGAGCUCGUUGCGUCUUUGGGCAGUAACAUGAAGACCGGCAACCAACGAACAUAAUUAGACUUGUGACAAGACAAGAUUUGCAAUAUGGUGUUGCGGUUAUGCUGUGGUGAUGUAUGGAGGAUACGAUACUGGCCGUCUCAGACAUCAUUGAGAAUACCGCCAUGCUACGUCAUCCGGGUUGUAAAGAUCAUACAGGAGCUGUACGGUCCAGCAAAUGGCGAAAUACAAUACCAUUUGGUUUUGAUUCUAACCAUGGAAUCUAUUUAACGACGACCUUGUGGUUUUUCUUUUUGAUUUUAACGUUACAUAAAAUAAAAUAAACCGGGGUUUCCAAAUUGAAAUUAUGUGUCAACCCUCAGAUCUGUCGAGUAGCAGAAGAGGGAAAGGCCCUAUAGUUCGAUGUAGGUCUUGAC